AUGGAGCCCUGGGUUCCCCAGCAGGCGCCGCAGCCCCGGGGCAGGCCCCCAGCACCGUCACAGGGCCCAGACCGAGACCGCCGGAGAGAAGGCUACCAUCGGCCGGUCCCCCACUCUCGGCACAAUGGAGAGAGGUUCCGUCCAUGGCAAGACAUCCACGGGAGCCCCCAGCCACAGAAGGACCCCAGGGCAGACCACCAGCAGCCUCAUUACGUGCCCAGGCCUGGGGAGUGGCACCAGCCCGUGUCCGGGGUUGACUACUACGAAGGGGCUUAUCCCAGUCACUUGUACCCAAGGCCAGGCACCGAGGAUCCGUAUCAGAGGUACCGUUCUCCAGCUCUCAGGGAAGACUACGCUUACGGGAGUUACUACUACUAUGGACACCCACAGCAGCAACCGGAGGAGAGAGUGCCAAGGCAAGCGAGUCCUUAUAUCUGGCACGAAGAUUAUCGAGAUCAAAAGUACCCCGCUGAACAUCACCGUGAAAACCAGAACAGUCCGUUUGGAGUGAACAGCGAGACCCAGUUCCAAUCUCAAAGUGGGAACCCUCACAGAGACAGCCCUGCCGCUAGCUCUGGGCAGGAGGGGCCUGGGGACGUGUUUCCGGAGAGUCUGCUCACUGGGGCCCAGAAGAAGAAGCCAUCACUGCCCAACGAGUCCAACCUUCUCCAGCAGCACGAGUCCGGUCUCAGCUCCAGUGGCUACGAGCUCAGCCAGUACAUGGCAGACGCCCCUGCGCUGUAUGACCCCAUGGCUUCGGCAGCUUGGAGUCCAAUUCAGGCUGAGGCUGUCUCUGCAGCUGGUCCCAAGGCACCCAUGAAGUUCUAUGUCCCCCACGUGCCUGUGAGUUUCGGGCCAGGUGGUCAGCUGGUGUGUGUGUGUCCCAGCUCUCCCUGUGACGGCCAAACGGCCCUUGUUGAACUGCACAGCAUGGAGGUUAUUCUUAACGAUUCGGAGGAACAAGAAGAGAUGAGAGCUUUCUCAGGACCCCUGAUCAGGGAAGACAUUCACAAGGUGGAUAUCAUGACGUUUUGCCAGCAGAAAGCAGCUCAGAGCCGCAAAUCGGAGACACCAGGGAGCCGAGACUCAGCUCUACUGUGGCAGCUGUUGGUUCUGCUGUGUCGGCAGAAUGGAUCCAUGGUGGGGUCCGACAUUGCGGAGCUGUUGAUGCAAGACUGCAAGAAGCUGGAGAAGUACAAGAGGCAGCCGCCUGUGGCCAACCUCAUCAACCUGACCGACGACGACUGGCCAGUGCUCAGCUCCGGGACCCCCAACCUGCUCACCGGGGAGAUUCCCCCCAGCAUGGAGACGCCCGCGCAGAUCGUGGAGAAAUUCACCAAACUGCUCUACUACGGAAGGAAGAAGGAAGCCUUGGAGUGGGCCAUGAAGAACCAUCUGUGGGGCCACGCUUUGUUCCUGUCCAGCAAGAUGGACCCGAGGACCUACAACUGGGUCAUGAGCGGCUUCACCAGCACGCUGGCGCUCAACGACCCUCUGCAGACCCUCUUCCAGCUCAUGUCGGGGAGGAUCCCACAAGCAGCCACGUGUUGUGGGGACAAGCAGUGGGGAGACUGGAGGCCUCACUUGGCUGUGAUUCUGUCGAAUCAGGGCGGGGACCCGGAGCUGCACCAGCGUGCGAUCGUCACCAUGGGGGACACCCUGGCUGGGAAGGGGCUGGUGGAGGCAGCUCACUUCUGCUACGUCAUGGCUCAUGUGCCCUUCGGCCACUACACUGUGAAGACAGACCACCUGGCCCUGCUGGGCAGUAGCCACAGUCAGGAGUUCUUGAAAUUUGCCACCACUGAGGCGAUCCAGAGGACGGAAAUCUUCGAGUACUGCCAGAUGCUGGGCCGCCCCCAGUCCUUCAUCCCGUCGUUCCAGGUAUACAAGCUCCUUUACGCUUCCCGGCUGGCAGACUACGGCCUUGCGUCCCAGGCCUUGCAUUACUGUGAGGCCAUUGGCACGGCCCUCCUCAGCCAAGGCGGGAGCAGUCACCCCGUGCUGCUGGGGGAGCUCAUCAAGCUCGCAGAGAAACUCAAGCUGUCAGAUCCUCUGGUGACGGAGAGACGCCGCGGAGGGAGGGACCUGGAGCCAGACUGGCUCCGGAGCCUGCGGGAGCAGCACAAAGAGCUGGCAUCAGGAGACACUGGGGAUCCCCGCUCUGCUCACUCAGAUAUUUCGGGAGCCCGCGGAACAGCAGAAAACACUUUCUACCAGGAUCUUUCGGGACGUCAAGGUGACUCAGGAGCUGCUGGGGACCCCUCAGCCCAGUGGCCAACAGUGGAGCCAGUGGGCCCGGCCUGGUCCAGCCCACAGCAGCCCCUCCCCCUCCAGCCGGGCUCCUACCCAGCGGGAGAUUUGGGACAGCCAGGGGUCCCGGUGCCUCUUUACGCGGUUCCUGAGACCCACCUGCCAGGGAUCCGUGGCAGCGUGGCGGCGGCAGAGGCUCCUGGAGGGAGGACCUGGGAGGAGACCCAGCGGACAUACCUGCCGUCUGGAGAGAACACAGUGUCUCAAGAACCCGUCCAGCAUCCUGACGGUCCAGAGGUGGUUUCCAAACCCCAGGUGCCACCGACCCCCAGAGCACGGAGUGUUUCCGAGAGUUCCACCGGCUCAGCCAAGGAGGAGGAGGGGUCCUCGGACGAGACAGAUCAAAAGUCUUCUGCGAACACCGCACAGAGAGAAAAGGUAGAUGGGGAGGGGACAUGGGGCUCAGGCUUUGGCUGGUUCAGCUGGUUUCGCUCGAAGCCCACCCACAGCGCGUCCCCCUCCGGAGACGAGGACUCUGACAGCCCCGACUCGGAGGAGACCCCCAGAGAAUCUCCCCCCCAGGCUGGCUCGGGCCUGUCGCUGACACCCCUCCCAGAGCCCCAGUCUCUGCCGGGCAGCAGCGCCUUCUCCAGGGGCACAGGUGGGGGCGGAGUCCAAGGACCGGCGUCCAGUGGGGGAGUCGCUGAGGUCACCGGGGAUGGAGGCCCCUCGGGGCCCCAGGGUGUUUCCUCUGAGCGUUACUUCAGCCCCGGUGCCCUGCUGCCCCCACCCCCCCCGGCAGGGGCCGUUCCUCUCUACAACCCAUCUCAGGUGCCCCAGCUCCCCGCGGCCACUAACCUGAGCCGGCCAUAUCGCCUAGCCCAGCGCCGCUACCCAACCCAGCCGUGACGACUGACCGCCCACCCCAGGGGUCUCCUGGAGCACAGUGUUGCUCUCCUCCCUGAA